AUGAGCAAACGCCAGGCAAAACCGCAAGCCAGCAGCGCGCGAGCUGCUUCGAGCGCGUUUGGCUCCCCCUUCGGUACCUCGUCGUCAGUAGCAUUCGGUGCCAGUUCCACGCAGCUAUCCUACGUGACGGAGCCCCCGGAUCUCUCCUCAAUAUCCGAUCCCAACGUGGUCGUAUACUUUCGAAAUCUGUCGAAGAAGGACAGCACAACAAAGGCGAAGGCGCUGGAGGACCUGCAGUCACACAUCUCAUCACUGAAAGAGCCGGUGGAGGAAGGUGUGCUCGAGGCAUGGAUCAAAAUGUAUCCCCGUACCUCGAUAGACAAUGCGAAGGCCGUCCGCCAAAGUGCCCAUACCCUGCACGGCCAGCUCGCUGCCGCCACUGGGAGGAGAUUUGCCAGAUACAUGCCCAAAUCAGUCGGUGCCUGGCUUUGCGGCCUAUACGAUAGUGAUCGAUCCGUGGCCGAAGCAACCCAGCACUCGCUCCGCCAGGUCUUCAACACACCCGAGAAGAUACAAAAUAUCCGAAAGGCAUACCAGCAGCCCCUCCUCGAAUACUGUCGGGAUGCUAUAGACAAGGAGACUGCCAUCACACUGAGCGAUGAGCGGACUGUGAGCCCAGACGACGCGGAAGCCAAGUACAGCAGAGUAAUUUCUGCGUGCAUAUCGCUGCUAGGCAGUCUGCUGGCGAACCUGCAGCCAGAGGAUCUUUGCAAAUUCCGCUCCGACUACGAGAGCCUCUUGGCGGAUAAGGAACUGUGGGAGUUCGCGUCCCACAAGGAUGCCUCCAUUAGGCGGUCGAUACACCGUUUCCUGAAGACGUGCAUAUCAAAGCAGCCAGAAGCAAUCGAAACGAAUUUGAACAUCAUUAGCAAAUCGUACCUCUCCGCUGCGUUGAACUCAGACCAGACCAGCUCCGCCUACGACUAUGUCGACGCUCUAGCAAUGCUUACGGCCUCACAUCCCACUAUUUGGACGGAUCAUUAUAAGAGUAAAACCCCGAUUGAUAGACGCCUCCGACAAUUCUUGAAGAAAGGCUCCCAAUCUGGUCCCCGUGAGUUCUGGGACCGUCUGCUUGAUGUAUUCAAAUCAAUCCCCAGGGAAGUAUUGCCAAGCAAUGCUGCAGACGCUGCAGAAUUUCUCGGUUCUUUGCAUGGAGGCAUCUCCAGAAAAGACGAAUCAAGGCUUAGCCUUGAAACCGCUUUCAAUGCUUACCUUGAAAUCGCUGCGUCUAUCAGCAAGGCAUUAUCAGACGAUGAGCAGCGCAAGCUUCUUAACGAACUGGUGCUGCCGAUCAUCGCCCAGUAUCUUCGCCCCACGUCAGAAAACAGUCAAUGGAACGUUCCACAAAAUUCCGUGAGCCUGCAUGCAAAGGCUAUGAGUCUGGGCGCGAUGCCUGUUAUUCUCCGCGAAAAGUGGCCCGAGUACGCCCAGCAGCUUGUCAAUGACAUUAAAACGUCUGCGCCGGAGCAGUCGAAGGAUUACGAGAGGUCGCAGAACGCCUUAGUCCAGCGAGCUACACGCUUCGCACUACUACAAGAGCAAGCCUUGCGUACAGAGGCGGCCACGUCGUUACGCUCUGUGUUUAGCCAAGCAUGCUCCUUGGUUGUUUCUGAAGCCCUUUCAGUAGUGAGAAACAGGAACGGUAAACCAUACGGUGCCGCGGGCGCUGUAGCGGGGCUCUUGCAUCGAAAUAAAGACGUUGUGCUGGCUGAGGAGCAAGCCACACGGCAACUGCAGAGCUUUGUGAACGACGAUCUCCCGGAAAUCAUGGUAUCGCCUUCGUCCAAGUAUUUGGUGGACAUUCUCUAUUCGUUCUCAGAUCUCCCGUUGUUCAAAGAGAUCUUCGGCAGGACUCUCAAGGCAGUUUUAAAGGAGGAUGAUUCUCCAGCUAAAGCAAGAGCGCUCGAAGCCAUCCUCACUUCCCCUAAGAUUCCAAAGUCAUUCGAUCUGGCUACUUCAGACCCCGAACUGCAGGAGUAUAUCAAGUCCAGUGUACGUGGCUCGAUUGAGGGCACAUUGGAAUGGGACUCAUUCAAUCGCCUUCUUCAAUCACCAUCGAAGAUCCUAUCCUCCGCAACGACCGACGAUAUACUGUCAUACAUUACACAGUCACUGUCGCUGGCAGAGAAAGCUCCUUACGCGCUGCAAGGUCUUCGACAAAUAGUAAAGCAGAACCCAUCUAUGCUGAAGACCUUCCUUUCUACAGCGCAAGGAUCCAACCUUCUUCGGGUUCUGCUGUUAGCUUCGGAGUCACCUCAUGAUGAAAUCUCACAGGGUGCCGCGGCAUUAAAUGCCUCGAUACAGACUGUCCUCUCGGCCGGAGCGGAGUCGAAGCAAUCAAUCUACGACUUAAUUCAACAGGGGCUUGUGGAGGCGACGCAGACAUCCGUCUCUGUUGAGACUUUGGUCGACCUCGCGAAGCAGCAAGUCAAGCCGGGAAGUGCAUGGGAGGAAAUGAAAAAUGUCUUCCCCGCAGUGGGCGACUGGGACGCAGCGCUGGCACCUUUUCUCGAGACUGCUCCGGAAUCUUCGCUGGCUAUUACCAACCCGUUGUCCGGUGCUGUCUACCUAGUAGAACCCAAGCAACCACAGACACAAGAGGAGAAGAUCCCUAGCGAUGCGGACGGCUAUUCUGCCGCGUACCGCAUCACUCAGUAUGUGACCCGGCUCUUCAAAAACACGGACCUCUUCCCUAUCGAGAGAGUCCCCUCAGAGCUUCGGAACCUCUUCCUACGCAACAUUGCACACACAAUCCAGCUUGCGGAUGACAAUCUUGGUCUUGCCGGUGCAAAUGGGCUUUGGGCGGACUAUAACCUGGAUGCGGAAGCGGACGCUAUCUCGUUCAUGUCUGAUGCACAACCCUUUGUCACCCAAGAGCUGAAGCGCCUGCAAACGGCAUGGUCAAGCUCUGAUACGAACAGCUCGUUGUUGGUCUGGGCUACUGAAUUGCUAUCGAAAGUGGAACCAGAUACCUCGGCACGAGCUUAUCAUUCGGCUCGAACUUACAGUGUUCUUGUUGCGGAUGCCAUUGAGAUUUGCGGUUGGAAAAAUUCGGAAACGGCGCAGCUCCAGGAUAUCAUGAAGACUCUUCGUAAAAGCAAGGAGAUCUUCCCUCUCGUGGGGUUUCUCAACGCAUUCAAAGAACCGUUGGCUGCUUCCAAGUCCUGUGAGAGGAUGUGCAAUGAGCUAGUCGCAGACCUCACCGGACUCGAUGUCGAGAAGAAGCCCGGCGUAGGGCUCCGACAGCUAGUUCUCCUUAACACCCUCAUCUACGGCCAAGAAGAUAUAGCGCAGACUAUCGCUAAACAGCGGCUGAUCUUCUUCGUCAAGCACAUUAUGCCUUGGUUACAGAAUGCUAACUGCGCUUUGCCGCUUCGAGCUGAAGUUUGCCGUGCACUGACAACGCUCCUUCCGUUAAUGGGUGAUAUCUAUGGGGAGCACUGGGGCGACAUCUUGAAAAUCCUGGCCGAGAGCUGGUCGGUCACUCAAGAGCUUGAACGGAACGAGUCGGGGAUGGAUAGUCCGAUACCAUUCAUCCACGCUUCAUUAAAGCUUUACGCUCAGCUACGUACCUUGACUCAGACAGAGGAUCCGAACGACGAUCUCCUCGAUGCUUGGAAGGAAACAGAGCAAGCAGUAGCCGCCGGACUCGUCAAUCUGCUCAAGCACUCGCAGCACUUUCCAGAUGAAUUCCAUCAACCAUUGAAGAUGGUCAACGACGUUCUCGCCAGGCAAAUCGCCAGAAUACCACUCAAGCACCUUGAGUCUACGGAUGAGCUGUUCCCACUUCUCUAUGUAGAGUCGCAGCCGGUCCAACAGACGGCCUUCGAUAUCCUGCACAAACAGAUCCCCGCCACACAAGAGCAGAUUUCGAUCGAUGCUGCACUUGAGAAGACUACGGCGCGACUGCCUGAGGAAUUGCUGUCUCUGAUCCUAGAGGCACCAACGGUUGCAGCGCUGGCAGAAGCGAACUUCGAGCGAAAUGUACCACUCCCGCUACGAGGCUACAUGCUAAGUUGGCUGCUUGUCUUCGAUCACCUGGAACACGCCUCUUUCAAAGUCAAGAACGAUUACGUCGAGCAUAUCAAAGAAGGGGAAUAUCUUUCCGGCCUGCUCGACUUCACAUUCGACUUUCUGGGUCAUGCGCACAACAGGCCGGUGGAUGUGUCCAAGCUAGACAUUACCAGUUACAUACCGGAUAUGGAACCUCCCAAGCGAGACGCGCAAUGGCUGCUUACUCAUCUAUACUACCUUUGCCUGCGCCAUGUCCCGUCACUUACCAAGUCUUGGUACAUCGACUGCAAGUCGCGUCCGAUUGUAGUCACUCUGGAGCCAUGGACAGAGAAAUUCAUAUCGCCGCCGGUCAUUGCGGCGGCCCUCCAGUCCGUGCAGGAAUGGGGCGACGCGCAAGCCGUCGCCGAGCCUGACGCGCCAUUCAGUAUCAAAGUCGCUCCACGCGCACAAGAAAUCACCGCCUCCUACACCGUCGACGAGCAAACCAUGGCAAUGCGCAUCUCGCUCCCUCCCGCGUUCCCAUUGGCCAACGCCCGCAUUGAGGGCAUCAACCGCGUCGCAGUCAACGAGCAGAAGUGGCAGUCCUGGAUGCGCACCUCACUUGGCGCCAUUACCAUCUUCAACGGCAGCUUGAUUGACGCCCUGACGACGUUCAAGCGCAACGUCGAUGGUGCGAUGAAGGGACAGACCGAAUGCGCUAUUUGCUACAGCAUCGUGGGCAGCGACAGGAAGCUGCCGGAUAAGAGGUGUCAGACUUGUAAGAAUUUGUUUCAUGGGACAUGUCUGUUCAAGUGGUUUAGGACGAGUGGGAGUAGCUCGUGCCCACUUUGCAGAAAUCCGUUCAAUUAUGGGUGA